UAAAAUUUUGUCUCAACAGCCAUCAUAAAGCUUUGUAAAUUUGUCAGUUUGCAAUAGUUACAAAAAGAAAAAGAUUGAGUCGGUCCAUUAGUUAUACGAGUCAAGGUUGUGUCACAAGAUCUGAGAACAUUAGAUUGCGAUUCAGAACUGGUUCAACUCUUUCAUAACUCUCUCUCAAAUUAAGCUUUAACGGAAACCCUUGAAAGCCAAGGGAACUGAAAUGGGAAACACACUGGUGAUUCGAAUCAGCAGAAAACUCUGAGUUCUUUAUUAUCUUUCGUUUAUGCUUUCGGUUUAGUUCUGUUUUAUCAAGUAUAUUAACUUGCAGGUGAGUUGACUGACAAAGCUAAUCAGUUGACUCAAGAGAAAAAGUUUUCAAUUCAACCCCCCUCCCCCUCCCAUCUCUUGAAUUUCAGUAUGCAAUUGUUUUCACUAAAAUUUUUAUGGCCAAACAACCAAUUUUUGAAUAAAAUUAAAUAGUUUUUUCUGAAAAAAGAAAAUUUCUCAUGAUUAAAUGAAGCCUAAGCCUAAUGUUUGCCUUGAGGAAUAAAAAUUAAAGACGUUUCUAACAAAAUACUGAAAAAAGUGCAAAUGACCCAAAUUUUGGGGAGAAAGCAAUCAAAAGGGGAUAAAAGAGUUUGUCAAUUAAGUGGGAGUCGAAAAGUUUUAAAAUUGAGUAAAUUUUCAGCAUUGUCCAAACUUUUUACUUUUACAUUUUUACUCCACAACUAGUUGUUUAACAAUUAUGCGCAGUUAUUAGAUAAUUGAACAGUUGUUGGACAACUCCUAUACUUAUUUGAAUAAUUUGACUCAUUUUAACUUAAUUAAUAUUACUGAAUCCAACUUAUGCCAUUUAAUUGGUUGAGGACUUAAUUAAAAGGGUCUUAAGGCCACAGUUUCCUCCAAUUUCCGUCUCGUCGUCAACUUUAAAUAGAGCUUAAAGAAGGUAUUAUUAACCGAAAAAAUGGCACUUGCCAAGGCUAAGGAAAUUGUUUCUGGCAAUCCAGUUGUGGUCUUCAGCAAGACAUAUUGUCCAUUCUGCGUUAGCGCCAAGGAUUUGUUGUCUACGCUCGGUGCUUCGUUCAAGGCUGUUGAGUUAGAUUCUGAAAACGAGAUCCACGCAGCAUUGGCUGAAUGGACUGGUCAGCGAACUCUACCAAACGUCUUCAUCAGCGGGAAGCACAUUGGUGGUUGUGACUCCACAACUACUUUGCACAGGGAAGGGAAUCUUGUUCCUAUGCUAACUGAGGCUGGAGCACUUGCUAAAUCAAAUGAAGUAGUUAGUUGAUUAAUGAAUUAAAGUGAUUUUAUGUUUUCGUUAGCUAAGUGAGUGGUAAUGUAAAUAUGAAAAGAAAAGAAUUUCGCUUCAAGUCUAAAUGAUUUCAUUAGUUGAAAAACCUGGGAAGCUCCUGGAAGUAACACCAAUAUCAUUACAUUUAUAAUCGAUGCCUAAAUCAUGAUUACA